AUGGCACGGCCCACCGCCGAUGGUCGGUAUUACGCGUUGCUUUGUUGUCCCGCCACGGUGGCCUUCCUGGCUCUCGACUCCUGGCUCAUCUGCCGCGUGGUUACGUUUUCCAAUUUGUUUAUCACGCAGUUCGCAUUCGUACCGGCUGUCCAUGUCGCACGCAGCAUCAGCGAAACGGCCGCCCGCUGCCGAUGGCCAUCGACGACGACGACGACGACGAUGGGUUCGCUCGUCGUUCGAACCACUGACAAUGAUUUAAUGCUGCUGAAUUUCGGCCAGAGCCUCCGUAAUCCUCCAUUUGCCCGGUCGCUUGCGGUUCGCUCCGAGGGCAAGUGCUAUAAAUUCGGUCUCGCUGCCAACGGACGGAUGCUGGCGAAUGUGCUGCAAACCGGCGAAGUGCUUCUGCACAAUUUGGACGCGUACGGCGAUACGAGUUCGUCCCGAGCGGUCAGCUCACUUCCGGUGACACAGAAAGCCCGCACAAAAGGUGUGCCAGUAUCGGGAUUGGGUGCAAAUUACUCUGGUAAAUGCGAGCGGGCCAGCUCAUCGUCCGGUAGCUGCAGUACAGCAACGGCGUGUGGUACAACCAGUGGUACAAUCGCGGUUCUGCGGCCGUACGAUGGUACGCGUGAAAUAAAACUUAAACUCCAGCUGAACGCACUCCAAACGAAGCUAUCGAAAACACUGCCCAAAGAGCGGUUGCUGCCGAUCCUGAAGGAGUACGGCGAGUACCCGGCGAAGCACCGUGCCACAAUCUGGCGCACCGUGCAGGAACUUCCGGGCGAUGCGGAUACUUUCAGCGGGCUGCUCCGGCGAGGAUAUCAUCCGUGUGUGGGCGACUACGAGCACCGGUUUGCCAGUUACGAUCAGCGCGUCGUCCGCUGCCUAAAGAAAACCGUUUCCUGCCUCGCCCACUGGUGUCCCGUGUUUGGUCUUAUCGAUUACAUGCCCAGCUUUGUGCUCCCGUUCGCCCGCCAGCAACCGAAUGAUGCGCUCGGGCUCUUCGAAACCGUCGCUACGGUGUUACUGAAUCAGUGUCAGCUAUGGUUCGAGUUCGCUCCUCUCGAUCCGUUCAAUUACCUGGCCAUGGUUGAGAACGUGCUGCUGGAGUGUGAGCCCCGGCUGGUGGCGUUCUAUCGCAAACGCAACAUCCCAUCUCGAGCGUACACGAUGCCACUGAUGGAGACGGCCUUCGCCGGAUGCGUCACAACCGCCCAGUGGCUGGCCCUGUGGGACCACGUGCUCUCUAACGAACCCUACUUUCUAGUGUUUCUCAUCGCUGCCGACGGCUCGGUACGGCAAUCGCCCGACGAGCGGUUCCCAUCACCGGCGUCAUCUUUGGCGUGGAAUGACGUGCCCACACAAGCGACCACCCGGGCGUACGCUAGUUUUUGCAAUUUCCCCAAAAAGCUCACCGAAAUCCGGUGCACGAAGGCGGACGCGAUGCAGGCGGAACAGCGCCAGCUGGAGGCGAAAAUUAUUGAACUGGAAAAGCUCGAGCACGCUCUCCAGGAACGUAUGGUGAACAAUUUGAUCCGCCAGGAGCACGAGCAGCGGGUGAUGGCGGUGGAGCGCAACCUCGAGGAGGCAAUCGCGAAGGAAGAGCAGCGGAUCGAAAUGCAGCGGAAAUUGCUGCUGCUGCACCGGAAGCAGUUGCGCGAGCGAGAAAGCGAACUAUCCCUCGACGUGCACAAUGCGAAGCUCAUCAACGAGGCGACCGUGCGGGAACGGGAGCUCGAUGCGUUGCUGAAGAAGUUCGAGCGUGAGGUAAGACCGGCGCAAAUUUGUGUUUAAAAAUUGAAUUUUCAUUCAUUUCCGUUCCUCCCGCGCGGGGCUGAUUUGGUUCCGGGUUUUCGUUCGUUCCGCGCAACGGCCAAACCACGUGCCCGGUGGUGGGCUUAAUGGCAUUCACCACCAGCGUCACCGCGAAGAGACGGAUCUGCUGUUUGCCGAGGAGGACAUUAAGCUGAAAGAGCUGGAGCUGCUUUC